CUUGAACCGAUAGUAUGAUAAACAAUUUUGAGUGAAAUUCAAAGCAAAAUAGACAUAGCUUUAUCACAGAGGCCCGCUCAAACUUAAGCCCUUCUCUCUCUUCCCGAUUCUCUCGCUCUCUCCCCGCGAUAUUGGAAGGCGGUGCUUCGGAAGCCAUUGUUAACUGAAAUCAAUUGGUUGAUUUUGUUGUAGGAAGAAAAAGAAGAUUUGAAGCAAGUAUGAGUGACUAUGCAAGUAUCACCAGUGCUGCUCAGUCUCGCGGGAAGCAAGUGGACGUCAAGCUUGUCGAGAUGAAGCGCGACAUGAUGGACGACGCCAUUAACAUUGCCGUUGAUGCACUAUCUAUGUUUAGUGUACAUCAGGACGUGGCAGAGUACAUGAAGAAGAUGUUUGACAAGAAACAUGGCGCCCCUUGGCAUUGCAUUGUUGGCCACUAUUUUGGUUCUUAUGUAUCUCAUGAGAAGGACAGCUUCAUCUAUUUCCACGUCGACAAUACAGCAGUACUCCUAUACAAAUCAGGAGUGAUUGUCCGGGGGUGACAUGGAUGGGAAGGGAGCCAAGGGACAGCGAUAAAAAAACAUUCCAGAUAUUCAUUUACAAGUCACUGCAACUUUAUUAGGUAUUCUUCAUAAUAAUAAUGGGUUGGAACUCGUAUUUGUUUGUAGAGUCGUAUGGUACUUGACGGGCCUAUGUGCACUCGUGUUGUUGCCCGUCGAUUUUGAAGACGAUUAGACAUGACUGCAUCUGGUUAAA